UGAGAGCACAGCUGUUGUUGCGUGCAGUAGUGGAGAGCGCGCUCUGGGGUGAUGUCAAGCCUCGUGCUGCUUGCUGCGCAUUGCCACUGACCGAGCUGGAGCGCUUUGCUUAGUUCGUUGCAUUGCCACUGACGGAGCUGGAGCGCCUUGCUUAGUUCGUUGCAUUGCCACUGACCGAGCUGGAGCGCUUUGCUUAGUUCGUUGCAUUGCCACUGACGGAGCUGGAGCGCCUUGCUUAGUUCGUUGCAUUGCCACUGACGGAGCUGGAGCGCCUUGCUUAGUUCGUUGCAUUGCCACUGACGGAGCUGGAGCGCCUUGCUUAGUUCGUUGCAUUGCUGCUAGCGAACGGAAUGUUGUCUCUCUGUCACAACGUCGGUUUCCAUACGACAGCGCUACACUUCCCUUCCCUGCCCGGAGAGGACACCGUUCCAUUACCAUGAGUUGUUUGGAUGUUAUGUACCCAGUCUAUGGACAUUACGCACCGUACGCGCCAGCCACUCCCGCGUUCAUCAACAACUUCCAGGCACCAGUCGGUCUGAGGAGCACCUCUCCUUGCCACAGAGACUUCAUGAUGGAAAGCAGGGGGAUGCAAAGGGGUCCCGGGGGGGUGUCGUCAGGCACCAGCGUGGGCCCCGGCUCUUCCUCUUCCUCAUAUCCCUCCGCCAAGCGACCGGAGGAAGGCCCUAAGGAGAAACAGGAAGUCCCCGAGGCUGAGUACCUGACGUCGCGUUGCAUCCUCUUCACAUACUACCAGGGGGACAUCAGCAGUGUGGUGGACGAACACUUCUCCAGGGCACUCAGCUCCUACAUGGAAGGAGAGGGCAAGAGGAGGGCGUUGGACCUGGGCACAGACACCCCUUCAUCCAGCAGUCGCCACAGCUUCCCCCCAUCCUUCUGGGAUAGCAACUACCCCUCCUCCCAGUGUCGCUCCCGCUGCGAGCCCAGAGCGCCCACCUAUUCCAUGGACCCCUACGCUUCCGGACUCCACCCAGGCCUUCCUCACCCCCACUCACACCUGCACCCAGCAGAGGAGUGGGGCUACGCACAAUGCCAAGCCUACGGGGCCCCCAGGCCCCUCCAUGAACUCUACUCCCCCAGCGGCCUAGAGCCCCACCACCCAUAUGGCCCCCUUCUCAUGCCCACUGUGCGACCCUCCCACCUGGGCACCCUCCCCGGACAACACCCCUACGAUAUCAGCAAGCUGGACCCCACCGCCCCCUGGCCGGGCCUGCUGCCCCCAGGUGAGAUGGCCAUCAACAUGGACGCAGGCCUCCAGCAUCACAAGAAAGGGAAGGAGUUGUACUGGUUUUAACGACCCUCCUCCGUCGCCAUCGACCAGCCAUUACCAGAUCCAAUUUGGACCUCUGGAACUCUACCAUUAAAGCGCCCCUUCCUCCCCCUCCUCCCCGUCCCGUAGUCCCUCUUUAUCCCUCACCCACUACCUCCUCGUCUCCCCUCGGCUCCCCCCAGGCCCACAGUGCCAGCUGAGAGGCUCCAGGUCAGUGUGUUUGCACCGUGGAGAUAAGGACUCAUAGGCUGGACUCGUGGAGAGCAGAGCAGAGAAAGAGAGGGACAGAGAGAAAAGAGGUACAGCUUUAGUGACCACUGCUCUGUGUUCUGUGGCAUCUGGCCUCUCCUAUCGCUGCUCGGGGCUCAGCUGUGUGGCUGCGGCAGCAUAGAGACGGUUGGUGACCACUGCUCUGUGUUCUGUGGCGUCUGGCCUCUCCUCUCCUAUCGCUGCUCGGGGCUCAGCUGUGUGGCUGCGGCAGCAUAGAGACGGUUGGAGGCCACUGGCAUGGUGCUGGCAACAGUGACCUGGUUUUGACAGAAAGGCAGAGGGGGAGAGACUUCUUUUGGACACUGGGAAAGAAGAAAUAAAGAUGAAUGAUAUCUGGUAGCCCACUGUUACACUACAUCCCCUUACUGCAUAUUAUCUCUGUGUUGACACUGUAUUCAUCCUCAUCCAUAUUAUCUGGGCAAUUAUCUGCAUGUGAACAAAUGGACAUGUGACCAUCGGUCUGGCUGUGUAUGGAUUUGGAUUGUGACUGUAAUCAUAAUGCUGUUAGUUUUUUUGUUUUUUUGUUUUUUAAUGUGCAUUUCUGAAAUGAAAUCUUCAUUUGGCCAGCGCUCUGGAAAUACUUUAGUUGUGCUUUCUUAAAAGAUGGCUGAGGUACCGAAGAGAAAUGAUUGAAGAAUGGUUGAGGGAGGUGACCAUAAUGGUGAUGAUAGUAUUGGUUUGUAUAUGAACUAAUAUUUUAGUUAGAGGAAGGGAAACACUAUGGUAAGUCAACAACAUCAAUCAGCCCAGCAUAUCAAACUGCUGAUCAAGUAUUUCAUCAUUUUAAUGUGUUCCAUUGAUGUUACUGUCGCUUGUUUAUACAUGCCAUUUUUUGUUGUUUUAAAAGUCGGAUCUUAGUGUGUCCUUUCUCUUGCUUUUGUCAAGAAAUAAUAUAAUUAUCAAUAAAUAUUUUUAUGGUACAUUCAGA